GAGCUCACGGAAUAGAGCAUAUUCAGACGGGUCGUGUCCGACAAAUGGAUGCUUCGGUGGUAGCAGUGUCCUAUGAUAAACUCGUUUGCGGUAACUUCUCCUGGUCCCUCGUUGUGAUGAUGUACAACAGCGGGUGCGCGCAAUUACGCAACACCCCGCCUGCCCUGUGCGCUAUAACCGGAUCAACGUCUCUCCUCAGCUUCUCCUGUCCUGCACCCAAACUAACACCGGCCAGCUCUCAGCUGACAGACUCAGCCUCGUGACUUCAACCAGCUCCAGUUACCAUGGGAAAGGAGAAACUCCACAUCAACAUUGUUGUGAUCGGCCACGUGGAUUCUGGCAAGUCCACCACCACAGGCCACCUCAUCUACAAGUGUGGGGGCAUCGACAAGAGAACCAUUGAGAAGUUUGAAAAAGAAGCUGCCGAGAUGGGGAAGGGGUCGUUCAAGUACGCCUGGGUGCUGGACAAGCUGAAGGCAGAAAGGGAGCGCGGCAUUACCAUCGACAUCUCACUGUGGAAGUUUGAAACCAGCAAGUACUAUGUGACCAUCAUCGAUGCCCCGGGUCAUAGGGACUUCAUCAAGAACAUGAUCACUGGGACCUCCCAGGCAGACUGUGCUGUGCUGAUUGUGGCGGCUGGUGUAGGAGAGUUCGAAGCUGGUAUUUCCAAGAAUGGACAGACCCGUGAGCAUGCCCUCCUGGCCUACACUCUGGGAGUAAAGCAGCUCAUUGUGGGCAUCAACAAGAUGGACUCCACCGAGCCAAACUACAGCCAGAAGCGCUAUGAGGAAAUUGUGAAGGAAGUGAGCACCUACAUCAAGAAGAUUGGCUACAAUCCAGACACCGUUGCAUUUGUACCCAUUUCAGGCUGGAAUGGAGACAACAUGCUUGAGCCAAGCCCCAAUAUGACAUGGUUUAAGGGGUGGAAGAUCAAUAGGAAAGAAGGCAAUGCAUCAGGGACCACACUACUGGAGGCUCUGGAUGCCAUCCAGUCCCCCACCCGUCCAACAGACAAACCUCUACGUCUGCCCCUGCAGGAUGUCUACAAGAUAGGAGGUAUUGGAACAGUGCCUGUAGGCCGCGUGGAAACGGGCGUACUGAAGUCUGGCAUGGUGGUGACCUUUGCCCCCGUCAAUGUGACUACCGAGGUGAAGUCUGUGGAGAUGCACCAUGAGGCGCUGACUGAGGCCCUACCUGGCGACAACGUGGGCUUUAACGUCAAGAAUGUGUCGGUCAAGGACAUUCGCCGCGGCAAUGUGGCUGGCGAUAGCAAGAACGACCCACCGCAGGAAGCUGCCAACUUCACUGCUCAGGUGAUCAUCCUUAAUCACCCAGGCCAGAUCAGUGCUGGUUAUGCUCCUGUCCUGGACUGUCACACUGCUCACAUCGCCUGCAAGUUUGCAGAGCUUAAGGAGAAGAUUGAUCGCCGCUCUGGCAAGAAGCUGGAGGACAACCCUAAAACCCUCAAGUCUGGAGAUGCUGCCAUUGUGGAUAUGGUUCCUGGAAAGCCAAUGUGUGUUGAGAGCUUCUCUGAGUACCCUCCACUUGGUCGUUUUGCUGUGCGUGACAUGCGCCAGACUGUGGCCGUCGGCGUGAUUAAGGCCGUGGAAAAGAAGGUCUCUACCACUGGUAAAGUUACUAAGUCCGCCCAGAAGGCCCAGAAGAACAAAUGAAUGUUGUGCUACUCUGCCGACCCCAAGGUCUCCCAGGGCAGGACAUCGGUCAUCCAACUCAAUCCGACAAUUGGCUGCUUCAACCUAAUAAUCAAAGACUGGUUAAUCAUCACAAUGCAUCGCAAAAGCAUUCGAAGGAAAGAACAACAUUUAGAUCUUAAGUCCUUGAGGCAGCACUCCUGACUUCAUUUUAAAUGGUUAGAUUACCAUUACGUACUAUGUCAUAUCAAACAGAUAGUUUUAAAUGUGCACUGUUGAUUUGGUUCAAGGCAAUAUUUUUCUGUGAAAUUGAGACAUUGAACAAUUAGAGGUAUUGAAAUGUAUCACCGCUCUAGCUCUCUGGAGUGAAGGCACUGGUCUCUUUACAUGGUAUAUGUUGUGCUUAUGUCUUGCUUUUAGUGUUUGUUUGCAACUACAUGGUGCUCUGUAGGAGCCUAUAAAAGAUGAUAAAACUAUGUUCUUCUGAGUAGUAGAUUAGUAGUAGUUAGUGAUUUGUUGUGUUUAAGCUAUAAAAAGCACUUAAAAACAAAUGGUCCAAAUUUGUCCUUCCCGAGGGACUCUGAGUAGACCACCUGUUGAUUCUUAAAGCACUUUGAUUGGCAUUUUGCUAACUUUGCACUUCCACUGGAAAAGCUUAAAUUGGCAUAAGCUACUUUAACUUACUGUAAGAUGGCAUGAGCCUCUUUGUUACAUUAAACAUGUUUCAACCAAAA